ACUGGGUUGCAAGAACAAGGUUAGCACAGCACAUUGGUUGUAGGCUAACACUACCACAGAAAUGAGGGUUAAACCAAACAGCGGUGGUUUAGUUUUGUGUCUUGUGUUUCUUUACAUUAGCCAAACAUGCGGUAUAAGCCUCAAAAUAGUGCAAAGGGAUGAGCUGCAUCGUGAGAAAAAGUCUGACAAAAUUCGCACUGGGACAAUUCGUUUUGGCACAGGGGAUAUUUCACCGGGUCGAAAUCUGGAAAAUGGAGAAAACACUGCAGACGAUGGCUCCAUUAACAUUCAAGCCGACGAUCCAGGCCUGGUGGGUGGACAAAGCAGCACUGAUGCCUCUAAGUCUUCUAAGACAGCCUGGGAUCAAAUGCAACCAAAUUUAUUAUGCACUAAUGACCUCAUGAAGUUCUCAGCACAAGGCCCUGGGUGCGCUUCACUCCAAUUAGACAGAGGUGGCAUGCCUCUCUCUCUAAGCCAGCUACCACAAGACUGUGGCUACUCUAUGAGAAGGACUGCAGUGGGCCUUGUGUUUCUCGCCCCUUUUGACGGUUGUGAUGUUGUAAAACAGGGCACUAGCCACUUGCUGCAGCUCUUGUGGCAUGGCAAUCCAGUAACCCUCUCCUGCCCUGUAUCAAGCUCCGACCAAGUCUCUCCAGUUUUACCCACUACUCCAGCUGCAUCCACUACUCCAGCUCCAAUUACAGAAGCACCCUCCACAGCUGCCAAGCUUCCUCCACAGGAUCAACAGUGGAUGCAUCCCUUCUUUGGAGGAUACUACAACCCUGUAGUGCCUGUGAAGAUUCCCCCUCAAACUACUGUUGCACCAACUACAGAAGCACCAACUACAGAAGCACCUUCCACAGCUGCCAAGCUUCCUCCACAGGAUCAACAGUGGAUGCAUCCCUUCUUUGGAGGAUACUACAACCCUGUAGUGCCUGUGAAGAUUCCCCCUCAAACUACUGUUGCACCAACUACAGAAGCACCAACUACAGAAGCACCUUCCACAGCUGCCAAGCUUCCUCCACAGGAUCAACAGUGGAUGCAUCCCUUCUUUGGAGGAUACUACAACCCUGUAGUGCCUGUGAAGAUUCCCCCUCAAACUACUGUUGCACCAACUACAGAAGCACCUUCCACAGCUGCCAAGCUUCCUCCACAGGAUCAACAGUGGAUGCAUCCCUUCUUUGGAGGAUACUACAACCCUGUAGUGCCUGUGAAGAUUCCCCCUCAAACUACUGUUGCACCAACUACUGUUGCACCAACUACAGAAGCACCUUGCACUACAGAAGCACCAACUACAGAAGCUCCAACUACAGAAGCACCUUCCACAGCUGCCAAGCUUCCUCCACAGGAUCCACAGUGGAUACAUCCCUUCUUUGGAGGAUACUACAACCCUGUAGUGCCUGUGAAGAUUCCCCCUCAAACUACUGUUGCACCAACUACAGAAGCUCAAACUACAAAAGCACCUUCCACAGCUGCCAAGCUUCCUCCACAGGAUCAACAGUGGCUGCAUCCCUUCUUUGGAGGAUACUACAACCCUUUAGUGCCUGUGAAGAUUCCCCCUCAAACUACUGUUGCACCAACUACAGAAGCUCCAACUACAGAAGCACCUUCCACAGCUGCCAAGCUUCCUCCUCAUGAUCCACAGUGGAUGCAUCCCUUUGGAGGAUACUACAACCCUGUAGUGCCUGUGAAGAUUCCCCCUCAAACUACUGUUGCACCAACUACAGAAGCUCCAACUACAAAAGCACCUUCCACAGCUGCCAAGCUUCCUCCACAGGAUCAACAGUGGAUGCAUCCCUUCUUUGGAGGAUACUACAACCCUUUAGUGCCUGUGAAGAUUCCCCCUCAAACUACUGUUGCACCAACUACAGAAGCUCCAACUACAGAAGCACCUUCCACAGCUGCCAAGCUUCCUCCACAGGAUCAACAGUGGCUGCAUCCCUUCUUUGGAGGAUACUACAACCCUUUAGUGCCUGUGAAGAUUCCCCCUCAAACUACUGUUGCACCAACUACAGAAGCUCCAACUACAGAAGCACCUUCCACAGCUGCCAAGCUUCCUCCACAGGAUCAACAGUGGAUGCAUCCCUUCUUUGGAGGAUACUACAACCCUGUAGUGCCUGUGAAGAUUCCCCCUCAAACUACUGUUGCACCAACUACAGAAGCACCUUCCACAGCUGCCAAUCUUCCGAGGCAUCUCCUCUUUGGACCCUGGAUCCUGGACAGACUUCCAGAGUCUGAGUCUACUUGAGUCUUCAUUUUCCAACUCGUCAGUCUCUGUUUAUUCCCGUCAUUUAAUGCAUAUUAAAGUGUGUUUUGGAAUUUAA